AUGCCGCCAAUCCUGCCGAUGCUGAGCGACUACCUGGACCUUAGUCCGGAGCUUAUCCCGAUCGUCACAUUGAUUCUGAGCCAAAUCCAACGAAGAUAUCAUGAAGGUAUCUUUAUGUUAUACUAUGACUUGAAUGGCGACGGGAAACCCGCCGAUCGGGAGUGGAGGGAAGUGUACGGUAUAUUGACCGGUAACCAGUUAGCGUACUGGGACGCAGCCACGUUGGCUCAAUUUCGCCACAAUCCAGAUGGUUUAUUGGAAACCCUGGCUAAACCCAACUACAUCAACUUCACUGACUCAGUAUACAACGCCAUGAAGGUGCUCCCUGCAGCCAAGCAGAACUUGGACAAUGUUAUUAUUGUGCUGACGACCCUCAAGAAUCGGUACCUUUUACAGUUCAAGCUGUACCUGGAUUUGACCGUGUGGUAUCUGGCCCUUCGCCUUCUGAACUAUGAGUAUGCGCUGUUGCAACAAGCAUAUACCGGGGCACUUUUACUGUCGCGAGGCCGAAUGUUACUGGACAUUCGUACGAUUCUUGCCGAGAAACGCUUUGAUCAUGAGGAUUGGGUACUGAUUCGGUACGGACUGGGAAUGGCAUGGAAGCGAUGCUACGCCGUCAUUGAGCCAAGUACUUUGAAGCGCAAAAGCUUCACCCCUGGACGGGUGCUCUUUUACGAGAACGAUCAAAAGAAGAAGAAGCAAUUGUUAGCGGUGGUAAUUCUGGCAACAAUGGUCACAGCGAUCUACCCUCAAUCUCAUAAGUUGAUUGAUCAUAGUACAAUGCUCAAAUUAGAAAGUCGUAUAAACUUCAAGCUGCCGCUGGUGCUGAGUAAGAUUCUGAAGAAGACUUUGGAGGACUUCAAAACUACGCUGAUUUUCCUCAUGCCAGAACAGCAUUCACUGGUCCCCGGUUAUGACACUUUGAUAAGAUUCUUGAUUCCGAUGCUCGAUCUGUUUGGACUCUAUGGUCGACCUAAGAGAUUGAAGGCCGAUAGAGUGGACCCCGAAUCACUUUUGUUUGGUCUUCCCACUUUGCCUCACAUUCACUACUUGACAUUGGACGAUGUCACGGGGCUUACACAACGAGGUGACUUCUUGAGUUGGGAUGCUACUACCUGGAAUGAUAACAUUAAACUGAUCAUGAAGGGCAAGCUUGACCGAGGCUAUGAUGGUUGUGGCGUGCAAAAGAGUGCACCCAGCACAGCGCCCUCCACGCCUCAGGCGAACCUGUUCAAGCAAGCCGGCCAAAAUACUCGUUCUGCCCCAAAUGCACAGGCUGGUACAGGUGCACAAGCUAUGCCAGGCAACCAACAUUUGAGACAACUGCCUACAAAAGCAGGACGUCCCCUGAACUACAACUUGUCCUCAUCUCCUCAGAAGUCUCCCGCGCAAUCGCCUAAGCGCUCUUCAAUUACCCGCAAUGCUGAAAACUUGAGUGUCAAACCGGACUCACCGAAUUUGGAUACAUAUGAUCCGCAUAAACUGGUCCAGCUUGCUGAUAUUUACGCUAAAUAUCUGCUGAUCAAAGCUCCUCUGGACCAAUUUCAGGCUGAUCGCAAUACAAUCCUUAAUGGUUCUCACGAAGACUUUGAUGAUGAGAAUUUACCGGCAGAGAUUCGCAAGUUGUCAGUUUAUCAAGACAUGUACCCGGUUACAGACUAUGCUGAUCAAAUUUCUUCUCAGAGCUCGGAGGAUGUUCCUCUGGGACCCGGGCUGGACCUGCAGCUUCAGUUACCACAAGUUAAUCAUCGGAACCUGAGUUACUCUCUGGUGCAAUCACCAAUGACGCAAUACACCGAAUUCAAUGAGCAAUUUGGCAAAAAUGUUCAACCGCUGCAGUUGUCGCAGGCACACACCAACUUUUCUGGGUUCAGUGACAGUGAUGAUGAAAGCCAGCGUCCUCCUCCCCCACCUCAUAAGUCUGGGCGUGGCCAUGAGAAGGUGAACCUGGUACUGUACGGUACUAUUGAAACAGACAAUCGUAAGCUUUCGGUACAUCUGGAGCAAGGGAAGUUGCUGCUGGGUAGUUCGCUUCACUCACAGAAUGCCAGCCCUCAGCAACAAAAAAUGUUCAUGCAAUCGACCUAUGGCAAGGCUGCGCCUCUUCCAGCUUCGCUGCCCCAAGUCGCUCAUAGUCCUCGGAUCACGCUGCCGAAUAUCCUGCAAAAUCGUCCUAAUUGGGGCCAUCCGACAAAUGCUACUUUAGCGGGAAAAUCUCAAACCAAGUCAAAUGUUCAGUCAAGUCAACCACCGCAGCAAAAUUCCAGGCUGGCUCCCGUUCAGGCAUCUUUCUCCCCAUCUCAAACUCAGGUAUCGCAAGGACAGCAAUCACAAUACGCCCAGCCGACUCAAAGUUAUCCUGCGGCUGAAUUCAAUCUGCCACAACAGAGGGCUCAACCUAGUUUCUCCUCUACGCUGCCUUUACCACAAUCACCGACUCAUCCGCAAUAUCCAUCUGUUCUGCAAUACGCUCCUCAGAAACAGGCGCCUCAAAGAAUUCCCCCUGCUCAAGGCGCUGCUCAAUCCUAUACACCGACUCCAUCCCAAAAUUACAACCAACCAAUUCAAAAUUACCCAUCUCAACAGAAAUCCCAACAGAGUUAUCCUCCUCAGGGCUACCCUCAACAGGGAUACCCUCAACAGGGCUACCCUCAGCAAGGCUAUCCUCAACAGUAUCAACAAGAGUACGCUCGCAAUGGAUACCCCUCCAAUCAACCCUCGCAGAACGGGCAGCUGCAGUACCCUCAAGAUCGACCUGUGGCUGGCGCUCCUGCGAGAGCUCCUCAAGCAUACCCAAUGAAAAAGCCUGGUCAACGGAAUAUGAUGCCUAAGGCUGCGCAUCAAAUGGGUCAGUACUCUCCUGUUGGACAGCCACAAGGCUACGCUCAGGGAGGUGUUCCGCGCGGGAAUGGGCCAGUCUCUAUGGGGCAACCGCGAAUGCAGCAAGCCCCUCCAGGUCAAUACCAGAAGGCGUAUCCUCCUCAGGGGUAUCCUCCUCAGGGAUACCCUUCUCAAGGUUACCCGCAAUGA